CCACUCGGCUCUCUGGUCCCGGCGGUAAGAUGGCGGCUGCCGCUGGGUGCGAUGUGGUAAUGGCGGCGACCGAGCCAGAGCUGCUCUACGACGAAGACGCGAAGAGGGAAGCAGAAUCUUUCAAGGAACAAGGAAAUGCAUACUAUGCCAAGAAAGAUUACAAUGAAGCUUAUAACUAUUAUACAAAAGCCAUAGAUAUGUGUCCUAAAAAUGCUAGCUAUUAUGGGAAUCGAGCAGCCACCUUGAUGAUGCUCGGAAGGUUCCGGGAAGCUCUUGGAGAUGCACAGCAGUCAGUGAGGUUGGAUGACAGUUUCGUCCGGGGACAUCUACGAGAGGGCAAAUGCCACCUAUCUUUAGGGAAUGCCAUGGCGGCAUGUCGCAGUUUCCAGAGAGCCCUAGAACUGGAUCACAAAAAUGCUCAGGCACAACAGGAGUUCAAGAAUGCUAAUGCAGUCAUAGAAUAUGAGAAAAUAGCAGAAACGGAUUUUGAGAAGCGGGAUUUUCGGAAGGUUGUUUUCUGCAUGGACCGUGCCCUAGAAUUUGCCCCUGCCUGCCAUCGCUUCAAAAUCCUCAAAGCAGAAUGUUUAGCAAUGCUGGGUCGUUAUCCAGAAGCACAGUCUGUGGCCAGUGACAUUUUACGAAUGGACUCCACCAAUGCGGAUGCUCUGUAUGUACGAGGUCUUUGCCUUUAUUAUGAAGAUUGUAUUGAGAAGGCGGUUCAGUUUUUUGUACAGGCUCUCAGGAUGGCUCCUGACCAUGAGAAGGCCUGUGUUGCUUGCAGAAACGCCAAAGCACUUAAAGCAAAGAAAGAAGACGGGAAUAAAGCCUUUAAAGAAGGAAAUUACAAGCUAGCAUAUGAACUGUACACAGAAGCCCUGGGGAUAGACCCCAACAAUAUAAAAACAAAUGCUAAACUCUACUGUAAUCGGGGUACGGUUAAUUCAAAGCUUAGGAAACUAGAUGAUGCAAUAGAAGACUGCACAAAUGCAGUGAAGCUCGAUGACACUUAUAUAAAAGCCUACUUGAGAAGAGCUCAGUGUUACAUGGACACAGAACAGUAUGAAGAAGCAGUGCGGGACUAUGAAAAAGUGUAUCAGACGGAGAAAACAAAAGAACACAAACAGCUCCUAAAAAAUGCACAGCUGGAACUGAAGAAGAGUAAGAGGAAAGAUUACUACAAGAUUCUGGGAGUGGACAAGAAUGCCUCUGAGGAUGAGAUCAAGAAAGCUUAUCGGAAACGGGCCUUGAUGCACCAUCCAGAUCGGCACAGUGGAGCCAGUGCCGAAGUUCAGAAGGAGGAGGAGAAAAAGUUCAAGGAAGUCGGAGAAGCUUUUACCAUCCUCUCUGAUCCCAAGAAAAAGACUCGCUACGACAGUGGACAGGACCUGGAUGAGGAGGGCAUGAAUAUGGGUGAUUUUGAUGCAAACAAUAUCUUCAAGGCAUUCUUCGGUGGUCCUGGGGGUUUCAGCUUUGAAGCAUCUGGGCCAGGAAACUUCUUUUUUCAAUUUGGCUAAUGAAAAACCUAGAACCCAGAAAAUGCAGACUUGCUCAGUUUCACCUUGAAUGUGGACACAGUUCACCUCCUCCCUUCAUCAUGUCUCCAUGUCCUUAGAGCAGUUUUGUUUUUUCAGUUGGAUACCAUGUCUGCGUGAGUGGGGUGAAGGAAAGGGAGCCAGCGCCGAAGACUGCGGGUAGGGGAGGGAGGCGGGGGUGGACAGGGAGGCAGCUUGUGAAGUUUUGUUUUACUGUUUAACUUUAUUAAAAAAAAAAAUUAAGAGAAUAAAAUGUUUUGACCCUUUCUGGCACUUUGCUCUGGUAGCUGCUUUGUGUCACUCCAGAGUCAGUGGGCCAAAGCUGAGCCCCCAGCGUGGAGCUGAUGCUGACGUGAACCUGAAGCUCAGCAAGCUGCCCCGCAAGGGGUGUGGGCACCCAGAGCCUGGUGGCAGGCGGGGUGCUGGCUGCCUCUCCUAAACCUAUUUAGCAUGUGAGUGCUGAGCAGGCCCUGGGUGUGCUGCUGGGCCCAGCCUGAUGGCAGUCACGGGGAAGUGAGUUAGAAAACAUGCUCAUUUUAUGGUGGAGGCCACCAGAAAUCACUAGAAGCCGUGUGUCCAAAGCUCACAUAGACCAUGGGUGGAUGCUAAGUGUCAGGCUGGACUAAACUAAACACAGGAGGUUUACACCAGCUCUCACAGUUCCUGUUGCCAGUGCAGGCUUGAGGGAGAUGCAGACAAGGACACAAUCCUGCCUCCCUGAUUUUGUGUGGGAGGCAGGCUGCGGAAGGAAGCCGUGGUGUGUGCCAAUGCUAUUCACGUUAAGCUUAGUGUUGGUGGUGAGUAAACUUCUAUAGGAGUUCCAGGCAGGGACACUUGAGGCUUUUACGGAAGCUUAGAUAUUUGGUGCUUUGGUAGUAGACAUAGCUGAGGAAAGACCUUAGAUUUCUCUUCCUUUGGAGCCCCUGCCCUUUCUUUCCAGUCUUCCCACUUUGGUGCCAAGGCCAUAGUGAAAUGAUGACUGAGUUAGGCCUGGGAAGUUCCCCAUGUAGCCGUCCAGGCCCCUGUUGGCCUGGAAGAGAUUCCUGGAUGUCAGGUCUUCCCUUGUGUUUGAAGCAGCACUGAGCACUGACUGGAGGGUGGCCUUCCCUAGAGAACUGGGGGAACCCCACACUAGGCACUUUGGGUCUUGCUGAGAAGUCUUUCCUAUGGGGUUGGGCUGGGCACUCCUGUGGGCCGUUGCCACAGUUAAAGGGGACGAGAGGCUCUGUGCUCCAUGUCCCUCAGACCCAGGCAACCCCCACUUUCUGUGUGUGUUUAAGACCAGCUUCUCUCCUUCCUGCCUCCUCAUGAAAGCCAACACUGUUCAGCUGCCCAACCUCACCACAGCUGUGCCCAGCCAGCAGAGGGGAGACAGGACCGAUGGCCCCAAGCUGUGGGACAAAGCCAGUCCUAAUACACCCAGCCCUCGCACCAAGGAAGACUGAGCUGGGCACAGAAGGGUGAGAGAGACUGCACACAGCUAGGAUUAACGUGAUUUAUUUCAUUAUCAGUCUUACAAGUUGCUGAGGUUGGGCAAAGCCAGGAGAGUAACUUAAAUGCCAAGCACUUUUGUGGAGUGACCACCAGAUUAGCAAGGCCCUGUUACUGAGCAGAGGGCAAUGGAGGACACCCCGGGAACCACAGCACGUGUAGCAGUGUUAAAAACCCCUUCCCAGAGGCCCCAGGUGGGACUUGGCCCUUACCAGCCAGGCAUCCACUCCAUUGGCUCUUGGUACCCACCGACCCCCUUUAAAGGAGGCACAGAGGCCUCCCGAGGCACCAAGGAGGCAAGGUGGGCUGGGCAGACAGCAAGAUUAGAGCUUCCCCAGGAGGUACUGUCUCUGGCCUCGAUCUCCGGAUCCACACAGCAAAGCCACACCACUGGAAUGGAUGGCCAGCCCAUCCCCUUCCUGGGGUGAGACCAGUAGCCAGGCUAGGAUGUGGCUGCUGCUUAUUCUGUUUUCUUCCCUAGUUAUCAAACUUACCUAGUUACAGUGUGAAGGAGGAGGGGACAGGCGCUGAGGACCAAAGGUUGGGGGUAAACCCCUUUUUCUGCCCUGGUAAAUAGCCCCAGCCUUCCUGGGGCUACAGUGAUCAAGAAAUGGAAUCACUGCCCAAAGCCCAGGGAUCUUCCCCUCUCAAAUCCACCACUAGUUUUCCAUGGCCGUGGUGACCACUCUGGGUAUGUGCAGCUCUCAGGUAUCUCUCCCCACUAGCUGGCUCUGGGCAGGGCAGUGGACCUGGGCUGGGGGCUGAGAGAAGCAACUGGAAGCAGGGCUCGGGGUCGUGGCUGCGGCUGGUCCAGGCCCAACUCAGCCCAGCCUUGUCAGCUUUGGUCCAGGUUCCUGAAAUGCCACCCACCUUGUGUUGAGAGCUUGAGUGUUAGAGGGGAUGAGGGGGCAGGAAAAGAAGAGCAGUUAUUUUAUAAGUUUUUAAAAAGUUACAGGAAGGUUAACUUGAGUAAAAAAAAAAAAAAAGAA